CGUGAACAGCGCUCAAACGGGGAGGACGUGGGAUGACAGUGUGCAGUGUGUAAUUAGAAGCAUCAUUAUAUUUUUUCAAAUGUUUCUAAUAUCGAAAUUAUAAAGUACAAAGUUAUUAGGUUAGGUUCCUCGUAGAGGCGCCGCCAUCAUGGCGUCGGACGAACAAUUUUCAUUAUGUUGGAACAAUUUCCACGCAAACAUGUCAGCAGGCUUUCAUGGCCUGCUGUCGCGUGGAGAUCUAGUAGAUGUAACGUUGGCUGCCGAAGGCAGGUUAUUACAAGCACACAAGCUCGUUUUAUCAGUAUGUUCUCCCUAUUUUCAAGAAAUGUUCAAAAUGAACCCAACUCAACAUCCCAUAGUAUUUUUAAAAGAUGUUAGUCAUUCUGCAUUAAGAGACUUAUUACAAUUUAUGUAUCAAGGUGAAGUUAAUGUUAAGCAAGAAGAAUUAGCGUCGUUUAUUAGUACCGCGGAACAACUUCAAGUGAAAGGUUUAACCGGAAAUCAAAAUGAAGAGAAUAGUUCCACACCAUCCAAACCAAAGCCGACGUCGAGGCCAGGCCCGAGGUCGUCACAACAAAGGCAAUCUGUUAUGACUAAGUUAGAGACUGAUUUAGAUUCUAAGCCCUCAUCAACUCCAGUAGCAAUUAAGCGACCAAAUAGGCCAUCAAUAGCAUCAAAUAAUUCGUCAUCUUCACAAAGUGGACCUGCGAAACGGAAAUGUGUAGACCCAUUAGAAGCCGGACCCUCUGGAUCAGCUAAAGAAGAAUUUGUAACGAUACCGGACGAAGAUGAAAACAACGCAGUGGCACCAAAAAUGGAACCCGAAUUUGUCAAUGAAAGCAUGUGGGAUGACGACGAAGAGGGUGCAAAUAACGAUGACACUACUUUCGGCGAAGAUGACUCUAAUAUGGAAAUGACUGGCUUUGAUGGUUCUGCAACUGGUGAUGGCAAUUUAACGGGGAGCGGCGAAGGAGGCGCUGUAGGUGAUGCACAAGGUAGGUUUACUUAUCUUUUAUCAAGGACUAUUUUAUCAAAUUGUUGAUAAAAUGGUUCUCUCGUGUAAUUUACAUGAUCAGAUUCUGAGAUGAUUGUUUAUUUAAUUUUAAUUUAGCCUGAUCAUGUAAGUUAUUAGACGUAGAAUGAAAUUUGUAAGUUAGCUUUUGUAGUUGUAGAAUUAGAUAUUGAUUUAGUAACCGUUUUGUAAGAGCUGUAUAGCUCCAACCCAGGUAAAAUCGUGUAAAGGUAUUAAGGUAAUAAAAGGUAAUAAAGGUAAUGGUAAUAAAGGUAUCAAGGUUAAGGUAAUGGUGGUAUGGUACUUGAGGUAAGGUUUAAGAGGUAAGGUUUUUUAUGGUAAGGUAAAGGUAAAUGAUGCGGUAUGGUAAUUAAAAAGGUAUUGGUAAAUUGUUUCAUGAUUUCAUUAUAAUAAAGGUACUGCAGGUAGUUUCCGUGUUGGAAAGCUACGGCAGUGCUGAAAAGGUAUCUUGGUAUUAUGGUUUUCAGUACAUGGUAUGGUUCUACAGACAAAUUUGCAGAAAGGUUAUGACCAAACGUAUGAAUGAAACGGGUUUGUAUAUUUCAGGGUACACCAAGUUACAGGAAAGGUAAUAAGUGUACAAUGGUAGAUUACUUUGUUCAGUCUAGGUGCCUGUGAAAGUGCCUAAUCUGUUCAAAAUAGUUUGCCAUGUUAUACUGGGUGUGUUAUCGG